GGCUUGCAGUCGGACGCCAGCAACAUGGGCGACCGCUUGCGGGAAUUGUUCCGAGUGCGCAGCGUUGCUGCGUCCGCGGCCGCCGACAUUCGCCCGCCGCUGGUGACCCUCGUCCGCCAGGUCUUGCAGCCGCCCCGCGUCUGCGGGGACGGCGCGGCGACGAGCGUCGAGGGCAUGGCCAUGCGAGAGGCUUCGGAGGCAGUGGUCAUCCGCGUGGAGAGCAUGCACCACCAGAUGACAUGUGACAUGUUCGCGGUGGACGCGCGGGCGGACUGGCGGGCCACCGUCUUCCCCGUCAGCGUUAUGGGCGGCGACGCCGUCCCCUACGAGGUGGCGGCGUUCGUGCAGGGCCGCGCGGCGCGGAUGCGCAGCGGCCACGUUGCCUGCGUCAACAAGGCCGGGCGCUGGUUCGAGCUCGACGACGCCGUCGUGACGGAGCUGCCAGAGCCGCCCGAGGCGUACCCGUACCUGGUCUUCCUGGCCCGCGCGCGGCCCCGGCGAUCGAUUCCGAUGGGCGGGAAGCGGCGCGGCCUCGGCGAGCCAGACGACGCUCUGGAGGCCGCUGCUGAGCUGCCGCGACUGGACCAUGCGGCGUCGAGAGGCAGCGCUGCUGGCUCAGCAUCUGGAUCCGGCAGCGGCGGCCGCGGCUUGCCCUGCGCCGCCAGCUCGGCCGCUCGUCUUGGCCAGCGCGGCAAGGAUCGGAAAGGCAGAAACCAGACUGGCAGAGAUCAGAGCGGCCAUGACCACGCCGGCAGGGACCAGACCGGCAGAGACCGCGCCGGCCAGCAGGCAGGCAUCGCCGGAGUGCACCCAGCUGCCAGGGCCGUCUGGAACGCGUCGGCGGCCGCGGACAACAGGAACCACACCCGGGCAGACGCCGAGAACAGCGUUGACGACCCCGUUCAGCGGUGCGUGGGUACUUGGGAUCUCCGACGCAGCAGCGCGGACGUGAAGCGCCGCUCCUGGUCGCCAAAGGGCCGAGAGUUCGCCUUCCGCGAGGAUUGGAAAAAACACGUGGAUGACGAGCACGGCGGCGUCCAGCGCUACCCCAAUGCCCUGUUCUCGACGCUGUCGUUGAAACCCUACGUGGUCAAGGGGGAGGCGUGGCGUGAGAUCGUGGCCAACUACGCGGAUUUCUACGCCAGGUCCGCCACGGACUGGGAGAAGCCGACUCAGCGCAUGCGCGAGCUCGCUCAGAGUCCUGAAGGGUUGCCUGCAGCUGAGCGCUGGGCGCCCCGGACCCGCUGCGCGUACGUCUUCUGUGCCAGGCUGCACUGGUCCGAGGACCUCUCCUGGGAGCUCCUGGCUGGCGAAGACUGCUUCGUGAAGAACCCCGAGGCGGUGGCCAAGCUGCUCUUUGGGGAGGUCUACCACAAGCACUGGCCCGACAUCCCCGAGGCCGAGCUCCGCGCAUCUGCAUUGCGGUUGCGCAUUGGAGACGCAGACACCUUCCAGCUCGUCCUCAUGUUCCU